ACUUCCAAAAACAUGUAUAUAAAACGAAAAUAAAUGAACAAGUAGAAGCAAUUCGAUACAUGAAUUUUUUACCAAAUUAUUGAAGUUCUGAUAGGGUAUGGACUGAUAUAAACUUAUCAUCAUUUUUCUUUUCCACUUACUCCCACAUAUUACAUUGUAUGGUACGUAUGCCACCGUUGUUUCGAUGAUCAAAUAAGUGAUUGUGAUAAGCUUAUGGCAAAGUAUACUUCUGUGAUAGAGAGAAAGUCGAAUUGCAAUUGAAAUUAAGUAUUUCUGAAAAAGAAGAAGUAGGAUUUUGUAUACACUGUUCGCAAAAGAACGAAAUUGCACAAAUGGUGCACUCGCUGCGGAAUAUAUAUGCUAGAUUGUUAAAAUCUUGCGGGAAGGUCUCCUAAAAGGAGAGCCUUUAAUAAGAAAUUAUUCUUUUGGUAGUCAGCUAUUAAAAAUAUUAAAUAAUGACGGAGAAUCGGGGGAAUUUUUCAACUCCAACGAAUCAAAGUUCUAGCAGACCAUUUAAUUUUCAACAUUUGGAUUUUGGAUCUAUUAACGAUGUUCAAAAUGAAAUGUCAGAAAAAAGAAGACAAUUCAAACUUAAUUUUCAAACACAAGGAAGUAAUAUAUCACUUAAUAAUUCAACAAACUCUUCUAUUUCUAAUUCAACUGGAAGUGCAGCUUGUUUACCAAUAUCUUCUCGUCCAAAUUUACCUUUAUCUUUGCCUAAACUACCAGUGAGACCUUGUACUGCAGUUCCACAAGAACUGCCUGAUAAAGCAAGGGAUAAAUUACGAAUGUGUCAAUCAAUGCAAAGUACUGGAAAAUUACAGCUAUCACCAAAUGUAGUAUAUGAUUUUACAAGUGAAGAUCUUCAAGAUUUGGGAGAAAUAGGACGAGGAGGGUUUGGUACUGUAAAUAAAAUGAUCCAUAGGAUAAGUGAUACUGUUAUGGCUGUGAAGAGAAUUCGUUCCACAGUGGAUGAAAGGGAGCAAAAACAAUUAUUAAUGGAUUUAGAGGUUGUAAUGAAGUCUAAUGAAUGUCCAUGCAUUGUGCAAUUUUAUGGAGCUCUAUUCAAAGAGGGUGACUGUUGGAUUUGUAUGGAACUCAUGGACACCUCAUUAGAUAUAUUUUAUAAGUUUAUUCAUGAGGUAUUAAAGGAAAGAAUACCAGAACGUAUUUUAGGAAAAAUUACUGUUGCCACAGUAAAGGCGUUGAAUUACCUCAAGGAAAAACUAAGAAUAAUUCAUAGAGAUGUAAAACCUAGUAAUAUUCUGUUAGAUCGACAUGGUAAUAUCAAACUAUGCGAUUUUGGUAUAUCAGGACAGUUGGUAGAUUCUAUUGCACGAACUCGAGAUGCUGGAUGUAGACCAUAUAUGGCUCCAGAGAGGAUAGAUCCUCAACGUGCAAAGGGUUACGACGUUAGAAGUGAUGUGUGGUCAUUAGGUAUUACAUUAAUGGAAAUUGCGACUGGUUAUUUUCCAUAUCCAAAGUGGAAUUCAGUUUUUGAACAACUUUAUCAAGUAGUUCAGGGUGAUCCACCACGCUUAUCUCCUAAUGAAAAUGGAAAUCAUUUUACUAUGGAUUUUGUGAAUUUUGUGAAUACAUGUUUAAUUAAGGAAGAGACACAGCGGCCGAAAUACAACAAAUUACUAGAACAUCCUUUCAUCAGAAAAGCAGAAGAAGAUACUGUUGAUGUUUCAGCUUAUAUAAGUGGUGUUCUUGAUAACAUGGUUCUCAGGGGAUUGACACCUUUUACCACUAAUCGGCAUUAAGUCGGAAGUAUAAGAUAAUAUUUGUACCUUAAUUUCUAUAAGUUUUCAAAUCUUAAAUUUGAUUAUUGUAAAUGAGUAGGUUAUUUGCACUCCGAUUUAGUGUAGGUAGUAAAAUUAAUCAACGUCGAUCAUUGUCAAUAAUAAAUCAUUUUGUGUAGAAUCAUA